CGGGUCAAUCGAUCAGUAUCCGCUAGUCAUCGCUCGGGAGGCCGUGCGUUCCGAUUGAAAUAAUGAAAAUAUCGAAAGUACUAUGGAAAUGUGCGGUUGUACCGAGUUCGGUUUUAGUCCUGUCGAUCGUGUAUCAAUACAUUGGCGCGACGCCGACGAGUAUUAUUAAGAAUCCGGAGAAGCAAUACGACUACAUAGUAGUUGGCGCGGGCUCGGCAGGAUGCGUGAUCGCGUCGAAACUGUCCGCAGAGCCGAACGUUUCGGUUCUCCUCGUAGAAGCUGGAGGACGCUUCAACUGGCUGUCGACGGUGCCGCUGGCGGCCCCGAUGAUGCAAGGAACUUCGGUCGAUUGGUCGUACAAAACUGAACCGCAACGUUACUCCUCCGGAGGACUGAUAAACCAUCAACAAUCGUGGCCGAGAGGCAAAGGCCUCGGUGGAAGUGGCCAAUUGAAUUAUCUCGUGCAUUCGUUCGGUCGGCCCGACGACUACGACAGUUGGCCAGCCACGUGGUCGUACAAGAGUUUGAAUCCAUAUUUUCAAGGCGUCGCUAAGAAAAUGCUUUUCCAUGGAGAAACGCUCGAGGGAGGACUGUUCGAGGCGUUUGAGAGCUUAAACGCAUCUGUGCUAACCGGGGACGUCACACUUGAGAAAGCCAGCAAUACAAUUAGACGAGGCGCUCGGUGGAGUUCGUUUCACGCCUAUUUGGAAGCUUCCCAGAAUCGAGAAAAUUUGCAUAUUCUCACAAAUACCUUAGUCACCCAAAUACUAAUAAAUGACUUGGUCGCUCGUGGCGUCCGAGUCAAAAGCGACGGUGGAACGGUAGAAACGGUAAAGGCACGCAGAGAAAUAAUACUGAGCACCGGUGCAGUCAACACGCCUCAAUUGAUGAUGCUUUCUGGUGUGGGCCCUACCGAAGAGCUCAGAAGGUAUCAAAUACCCCUUGUCAAAAACCUGCCUCAAGUUGGGAGGAAUCUGUUCGAUCACUUGAACGUGCCGAUCUACAUCAACCUAGAGACGCCUGUCAGCAUAACUCUGAAAAAAAUGCAAAAACUUAGUGAAGUCUUCAAGUACAUGGUAUUUGGAAGCGGGUUGUUGGCGACGAAUGGGAUAGUCGGGAUCGGAAGAGCGAAUCGGAGCACGUUGGUGCUGUUCGGAGUUGCAUCAGCGGACGAGAAGCUCCUCAAAGACAUUGCGAACUUCGAGACGAGGACUUUCAGAUCUUUGUUCCCAUCGUACAACGACACGAGUCACGAAGGUUUCAUAUAUUUGGCGAGCUGUGGCCAGCCCAGGAGUCGCGGCACGAUCACUCUGCGAUCGAGAAGGAUUUCCGAUCCGCCGCGGAUAGAACCAGCGUACCUCACGGACGAGGCCGAUAUCGCAUGCACUCGAGAAGCUAUUAAAUUGGCUCUGGAAACGUUGGAGAAGCCUCAAUUCCGGAGUCUCGGUGCCAAAGUUCACGUAGCCAAUCUGGACGAUUGUCAACAGUUUCAGCAAGACUACCGCGAUUCCAAAUACGCCGAAUGCGUUAUAAGAACUGCAGGCUUAACCGGACACCAUCCCGGCGGCACGUGCAAGAUCGGGGAGGACGAAAACGACUCGGUGGUGGAUGAGCGCUUGAGAUUAAAUCUUGCAGAGUCCAUGGCAUCGCGAAUCUGAGGAUAAUCGACGCGAGUGUUUUACCAUCUCCGAUAUCCGGUUCACCGAAUUCGCUCAUAAUAGCGAUCGCUGAGAAAGCCACUGACUUUAUUCUCGAUGAAAAUCGUAAACGGCUCGUCGGAUGAUGAAUCGAUGGGGAUCGACGAAAAAUUGAGCUUCGAGAGGUUCGUCAGCGCCGCUGGACAUUGAUUGGAGAUUCUGAAAAAAUUUUAAUAAUAUUUUAGAAUCACGAGGUUUCUCAUUUAUGCGACAAUAAAAUUAUCGAGUUUGUAGCAA